AUGAGCGUCCGCCGAGUCCGAGGCUCCUUCAGGGGCUCGCUGCGCCAGUACGUGAGCGGCGAAACGGCCAAGAGAAACCCCGUCCGACACUUCCAGUGGGUCUACCAGAACGACGAGUGGCGAAUCGCUUACGAUGACGGCGACGAGGUGUCCCUCAUGUUUGCCAAGUUCGAGCGGCUCCCCAUGAAGGACUUCGGCGCCGAAGUGAGGGCAUCCAUGGACGUGGACCAGUUCCUCAUUCAAGCCGUGCUCCUGCUGGAUGUUCAGGAGACAUCGCUCGAAGGCAUCGUGGACAAGAUGCUGCAGAAGGUGCUAGACGGGCGCGAGCACCUUGCCACAAUGGCUGAGGCCAAGGAGACGCUCUUCACGCAUGAACAAGUGCACCUGCUGUCGAGGACAAUCCAGGGCACAUGCAUGCGCGAGGGCGGCGGCUUUGACUACGACCAGUCGUGGAUCUGCGCCAUGUGCGCCCUGCCCUCUCUGCAAAAGAGGCACGUGGCCGUGGCCCGCCUCAAGCACCCGGCCAACAUGGGGCGCACCUGCCACGAGGUGCGCUUCUUCAUCCUGGUCCUGACGCCGAGCAAGGAGAAAGGAACCAAGAACGCCCUGGAGACCGGGCGCACGUUCGCCACCAUCUUCGCCGAUAUGGACUUUCGGCAGAGGCUUCUCGAAGUCCACUCGGAAGCCGAGUUCAAGAACGUCCUCCUCAAGCACGCCCAGGACCUGGCCGCCGAACAGAGCAAUCCGGCCCACCAGAGUUCCCAGGCCCAGCUGGAGUUUCCGCCCCGCAGGUGCCCCAUCGCCCAGGGCCUGUGCGACGACGUGCACCGGCGGCUGUCCUUUUACGUCAGCGACUACAUUGACGGCGUGGUGGGCCACCGGACAAUCUACAAGACCAUCUCCACCAUCUUUUUCCUCUACUUUGCCUGCAUCCUGCCAACCAUUGCCUUUGGAGCCCUCAACGACACCAACACCAAGGGAAAAAUAGGCGAGUCGAUACACGUGCGGAAGUGUAUCAUCAGCCAGACCAUAGGUGGCUUGUCCUUUGCCCUCUUCGGAGGUCAGCCGCUGGUCAUCCUCAUGACCACUGCCCCACUCAGCUUGUACAUCAAGGUGAUCUACAACAUCUGCGAAGACUUCGAGCUGGACUUCUAUGCCAUGUAUGCCUGCGUGGGGCUAUGGAACACAUUCUUCCUGCUCCUCUUCGCCAUAUUCGACGCCAGCAAACUUAUGAAGUGGUGCACCAGGUCGACGGAGGAGAUCUUUGCGUUGUUCAUAAGCAUCGCGUUCUGCGUGGACGCGGGACGGGACGUCUACAAGAACUUCCAGAGGUACUACUACGCCUCGGAAUGUCUGCCACCAUCCGCGGAAGCCCUGGGGUCGCUACUGAAGUCGGCCAACAACACGACGGAAGCCCUGCUCGGGGCGCUGCCCCAGUGCCGGCGCGAGAACAGUCUGCUCUUCCUGCUGCUCAUGCUGGGCACCGUCUGGCUCGCCGUGUCCCUGUACAACUUCAACAAGACGCCCUACCUCCAGGCCAGCAAGCGGGAAAUGCUGGCCGAUUAUGCCCUGCCUGUGGCUGUCAUUGCACUCAGCUUCCUGGGGGCCUUUGUCUUCCGCGAAGUAGAAACGGAGCAGUUCCACUUCGGGCAGAGCGACCAGUUCGAGCGGGCGCGGGUGGAGGUGCUCCGCUGGCCCGCCGCCCUGGGCGCCAUGGGCCUGGGCCUGGCCCUUUCUCUCCUCUUCUUCAUGGACCAGAACAUCUCGGCGGCCAUGGUGAACAACCCCUGCAACAAGCUCAAGAAAGGUGCAGCCUACCACCUGGACCUCCUGGUUGUGGGACUCCUCAACGGCGUCCUGUCCAUUUUCGGCCUGCCCUGGAUGCACGGCGUGCUGCCCCACUCGCCACUGCACGUCCGCAGCCUGGCAGACGUCGAGGAACGCGUCGACCAGGGUCACGUCUACGAGAUCAUCGUGAGGGUCCGCGAGACCCGACUCACGGGAGCUGUGUCGCACUUGCUCAUCGGCUUCUCUGUGUUCCUGCUGCCGUACCCGUUGGCCUACAUCCCGACGGCUGUCCUGGACGGACUGUUCCUCUACAUGGCCAUCACGUCGCUCAACGGCAACCAGAUGUUCGAGCGCAUCACGCUCCUCUUCAUGGAGCAGGCGGCGUACCCGCCCAACCACUACAUCCGUCGCUGCCCGCAGCGCAAGAUCCACGUCUUCACCGUCUGCCAGGUAGUUCAGCUGCUGGUGAUGUGCUUCUUUGGAUUCGCUCCGUGGCCCUACGUCAAGAUGGUCUUCCCAGUCAUCAUCCUCUUGCUGCUGCCACUCAGGCACAAGGUGGUCACGCUCUUCAUCGACCAGAAGUACCUGGAAGCCCUGGACGGCGAGCAUCAGUAGCGUCCCUCUCUAUGCAGCAGCUGCCCGGGUUCACGUACCUGAAACUUAUGCAAGCGCUCCCGCGGGGGGAGAAAGGAGCUAGGGCGGCCCUCUGUCCCCUCGCAACCGUGUCAAAGUGCCGCCCGGGGCCCCCACCCGGGCCCGCACCCCGGGCCUCGUGCGCCCGCCCGUACUUCUGCAGGGCGGUCCCACGCGUACGUUAACAGUCCGGCCGCCCCCCCCCCCCCCCCCCUAGUCUGGAUCUCGCGUGGCGGCACGUGACCGAUGCGCAGGAAGAUGGCGGCGAUGGCGGCCGCGUGCCCGCGCGCUAGUGGCCUAGGAUCUACUGCAUUUACAGAGCCUCCCCUCACCGCGCCGCGGGUCCUCUGGAAGGGUUCCCUCGGCGCCACUCCGGGCAGCAGAGCGUGGACGGUCGUCCGCGAGCUUGGCUUUCCAGUUCUCGGGGUGUCAACGUUAGUUCGUGUGUUAGGCAAAAGCAUCACUAAGCACUCGUGUCCGUAGCAUCUAUACAAGAGGAGUCUUUACCGAGAGCGGAAGGAGUCGUAGUGACCCCACUAGAGCAAUAGACAAAAUAACACAGAAACCGCGUCCCGGCCGCUGUUUUUGCUCAAGUCCGCGGAGGAGGAAGAGGAGCGCUGCCCGAGGAGACCGGGGUUGUCCCGGAUUUCGUCCGCCUUCGGGCGCUCCUUUGGUUUUUCGUCGCCUGAGGCGUUCUUUUGUUUCGUUCUGAGGGAGAGAUGAAGAAGGCGGUGGUCCCCGCAGGAGGGGGGAGACGCCUGCGCUGUACAUACCACGUGUUUACAUAUUUAAAUAUAUUUUUUACCAAAAGGGGGGCGUCGUUGUUCGGGAGCUCUAGCAAGGUUUGCAGACGGUUGUUGCUUGUUACUGGUCUGUUGGUUGUUGGGCCGCUGGCUUGCGGAAGCCCCGGCCCAAAAAGUCGUUCGCUUUGUUUCCUUUUCCCUAGGUCUCGCCACUCUCUGGAUCUUGGGGGCAAUAAACGAGAAUUGCGUAGACUCAAGUCUCGUGCCUCUUUUGAUGUCGUCUGUCGCAAUUAAGAAGGUGCCAAAUAAGCGCCGCCAGGUGGUACCAACCACGGUAUCGAACAACACCUCCUAAUAAAUAAAGCCUGC